UUCAUGCGCACAAGUGUUUAUUUUAGCUUCUUGUGCUACGUGCAGUCAUGCUGUCCAUGUGGGCCUCAUAACUGAAAGAAGAGCUCUUUAAAUCAAUCCAUUCACGUGAAAACGCGUAGUUUAGCUCAUGUCUACAAUGGCGAAGGACGGUGCAGCGAAACUGUCCAAAAACGUCCUGCGGAUGAAGUUCAUGCAGCGAGGCUUGGACGCAGAGCUGAAGAAGCAGCUGGAUGAGGAGGAGAAGAGGAUCAUCAGUGAUGAGCACUGGUUCCUGGACCUUCCUGAGCUCAAGGCCAAAGAAAACCAUAUCAUCGAGGAGAGAAGCUACGCUCCCUGUGAGGAUUUGGUUUUUGGGAGAAUGUCGUUCAGAGGAUUCAAUCCUGAAGUUGAGAAAUUAAUGUUACUAAUGAACACACACAAAGAGGAAGACGAGGACGAUGAGGAUGGCAAUGUGAGCAGAAUGGAAACAGAUAUCACAGAUGAAGAGAUGGCCAGAAGAUAUGAAAGUAUGGUUGAGAGUAUGAGAAAGAAGUUUGCCAAGAAACGAAAUCGCUCCACGGUUAUUAAGAGUGAAGAGGACGUCAACUGCAAUGUUGUUGAUGAUCAACCCAAAAGGGCUUUUCUGAAACCUCAGGACUGAGACUUUUUAUUCACAGGUCUACCAUAUAUAUAUUUAUUUUUUAUGCAGUGGACUUUUUUUUAUUUUUUUUUAUUUUAAAUUUUUAUUUUUAUGUUUAAUGACAUUGUUAAAAGGCCAACAUUUCAUGAAAAAGGUAAAAGUGUUUUUAUGGAUUUGUUUGAACAAGACUGUAUACUUUUUUUUUUUUUUUCUCACAAUUAAAUGUACCAACCUAAAAAAAAAUAAAACCUGACCUGGA